AUGACCUCCACAAACGAUCCUGCCAAUACUCCCGAUGCUCCCCCAGUCGUCAACCUCGGAAUCGAAGACUGCAAACGUAACGCCGCCAACGCCGCUGUCCGCGAGCACUUCCCAGCUUCUGCCUCCUACGUGGGCAUUGGUUCCGGCACCACAAUCGAAUACGUCGUCAAAGCAAUUCUAGCCCUCAAUCUUCCAAACAUCAAUCAAAUUGCCUUCGUGCCCACUGGUUACCAGUCCAGGAAAUUGAUCCAUGAAUCCGGUCUCCGGGACAUAAAGUUUGACAGCCUCCCCUCGGGGGCGCUCAUAGAUGUUGCCUUCGAUGGGGCAGACGAAGUCGACGAGGACCUGAACUGUAUUAAGGGGGAGGAGCAUGCUUGUAUCAGGAGAAAUUGGUGGCUACGCAGGCAAAGAAGUUCCCCGAAGUUGAGGGAGGGGCAGAUGGCAAAGGCGGGACCUCUGAAGACUGAUCAGGAUAAUUUCAUUAUCGAUGCGCCGUUUCCUACCUUACUUCUGCAUUCUGAUAUUAUAAGAGCAGAGGCGGAAGGAGAAGUACAAAGGGGCGAAGGCGAAGGCGGCGUAUGGGAAGUCGUACGAUUGGCGCUCUCAGUAAAAGCAUUAGAGGGAGUCCUAUCAGUCGGAAUUUUUAGCGGUUUAAAUGGGCUACAGGCUGCUCGCGUUGGUGAUGGGACUGGGGGCCAGAAACCAAUUGCUGCGUAUUUCGGCAUGGCUGACGGUAGCGUUGUGGUCAGAGGUGUGGGCUCGAACGGGAAUGUGAUGACGCAAGUUAGUCAGACUUAG